AUGUCGGUCCAAAAUAUAGAGAAUAAGGAUGAACUGCAGCAGAGACACGUUGUAUCUUGUUUCAUAUUUUCCGCUGCAAAGGCUACCCCGCAAGUUGCCUUGUUUCGACGCAGUGAAAAAGUGAGAACUUAUCAACAUCAACUGGCUGCCAUCGCAGGGGGUAUAGAGGUAUAUGAGUCCCCAAUCAAGACUGCAUGGCGGGAGCUCGAAGAGGAGACAACUCUGACGCAUCAAAAUCUGGAGCUCUGGCGCUGUGGAAAAGCAUAUUCUUUCAGUGAUCCUUCCGUGGGACGACGAUGGACUAUCUACCCUUUUGCAUUUCGAUUGAAAGCUCGCCAAGAAGGAGCGGAGGAGCAAGCGAUUCGUCUCAACUGGGAACAUGAAGGUUGGGACUGGUAUAACCCAAUAGAGGUAUUGGACAAGCAAUUUGAUGGAGUUCCUCAUGUAGCAGACAGCCUUCGACACGUGUUAUUCGAAUUGGAGUUCAAUGAACAAGCCAGUCAAGCGUUACAGUCCUGUUUAAAGGAAUUGAAAUCAGAUCACCAAAGCGGCUCACAUGAACUCACUUCUAUCGCUCUUAAAGGCUUUCGAGAUGUACUAGGAAACUUGAAAGACGAUUCCAAAUGGUGGGAAACUGCCCGUACAGCGGCAUGGCAUAUAUGGAAAAAUGGACGAGAGAGUAUGAGCGCAGCCACGUUUAACGCUCUGAUUGCAGUCCUUGAUGAUAUGGAUAGGUUGACAGGUCAGGAUGAAGAUAGGAAGAUAUGGUGGGAAUCAGCUCUCUCUAUUGUUGACCGUCACCUGGAAAGGCGUCGAGCCAUGCCAAUUCUCAUCAAAGACUCCUUCAUGUUCUACCUACGCGAUCUUUUGUCUUCGACUGGGACACAACCACGAGAAAGUCUCAAAAUUCUCACGCUAUCUGCAAGCUCAACCAUCAAAGAUAGCAUAUUAGAUGCCUUCGCAGCAACAAGGAUACCUCAGUUGGACCUGCGUAUCCUUGAGUCUCGUCCGCUCUACGAGGGCGCUACAAUGGCUUCAUCUCUACUCACGGAAUUCCAAGCAAAAUUCCAAUUAUCGUCUGAUCGGUCCUUCAAAUUGAAUGUCUACACAGAUGCCUCUGCAGCUUUCGCUUCAACUGGUGUCGAUCUUGUACUUCUUGGAGCGGACCAGAUUUCCAGCUCUGGGUGGGUUAGGAACAAGAUGGGGUCACUGCCUGCGGUACUAAGCGCCAAAUAUGUUAGCCCACAGACCAAGAUCUUGAUUCUCAGCGGAAUAGAGAAGGUAGCGCAACCUGACACGGCCAGCGGAGAGGAAACCGAGGAGAAUAGCCCCAGUGAACUGAUGGGCAGCUGGCUUUCUACCAAUGCGAAAGGGGUGAAUCUUCUCCAUGAUGCCAGACAGACAUUUUCAGCAAGCGAUAAUUGUACCGCUUAUGUGCGCAAUGUUUACUUUGAAUGGGUUCCUGCCGACCUCAUAGAUGCGUAUAUAUGCGAAGAAGGCACUCUUGACGUUGCAGCUAUUCAUGCCAAGGCGAAGCAAAUACAACAGCAGGCAGAGCAGUAUUUUGGAUGA